AGAUUUUACAUCAUAAGAAUUUAGUGUUAUCUCAGAUGAGUCAGACACACUGUUUUCGGGAAAAGCUAAAAGUAGCAAAAACAAAGUAAAAUAAUCAAAAUUCUUAAACUGAUUUCAGCCAAUGAUUUAAUUAAUUAUUACACUAAAAUUGGCUAUCAUCGUCAAUGCCCCGUGAAUAACAUGUUGCGAAUGAUAUUUAAAGAGGAAAAUUUGCAAGUUUCCAACGUAGAAUAUCAAAAUGCAUCAAAUAAGAUUGAAUCUAUUUUAUACUUCAUUCGUGGUGUGUAUAGUCUAUCCGUUUCGGCGGGAAAUACAACGCUUACAUCUGUACAGCAAGAGAUAAUUAACAUUAUUAAAAGAUUUAAAUUUGAGGAAUUAGAGUUAUCGAUAAUGCCAAUUUUUCCAGAAAUUUCAUGGGAUAAUGUAAGAUCUGAAUUAAUUAAACAUCAUAAAAAUUUUACAUCUGCUAAUGUAGGACAAGUUAUUAAAAUGAUUAUUACUCAAAAAGGACUUAAAGAAAAGAUUUUAACAGAUCGCUUGUUGUCAUUACAUUUAAUUGAUAUAAGUUGGCACAGUAAUAAAAAGAUGUGGUAUGGUUAUACAUUAACAGGCUCUAAUAAAUCUGCAAAUUAUCUUAUAAACAGAGAGAUUCAAAAUAACAUGAUAGAUAAUCUUAAUUCAUUAAACAUAAAAAUUAAUUUAAAAAUAUAUACACAUAAUAAUAUUACAUAUGUCUCUUUAGUAGAAACAAAAAGAAAUAAAAAAAAUAAAGUUCAACAUACGAUGUUCUUUUGUGCUUUAUUUAUGGGUCAAAAAUAUUUCUUUUCUACAAAAAAAAAUAUUCCGUCUGAUAUCUUAAAUGCAAUAACAAGAAGCUUGGGUUAUGAAGAUGUCAAAAGAUUAAAAGUAAUGGGUAGAGAUCUUAAAUCUUUGAGCGUAUUAUGUUGGAAAAGAAAAGAAGGGGCAAUGAAUGCUCAAAAUAUUAAUAAAACUUUGAUAUAUGAAGAUGAUACUCCUGAUAGGAAGAAGACAGGUGUAGAUUUUACUCAACAAAAGCAGCGGAAAAAGUACGCGAGAGCAUGCUUUGGUGAUAAUCCUCCUAUUUUAGAAGUUGUUGUCGUAAAUGGGCCUACUCGACCUAUAUCACAUGAAGAUAUAUCAAAAAAAUUGCCAAAUAUAAACAUACAAGCAACGUGGGAAUUUCGUAGUCAAAAUAUUGCCGCAUUUUUAUCAAAAUUAAUAGAACGACGUAUACUUGUUACACCUGUGCCUCAUUAUAUAUCAAAUUUAAUGAUAUUAGGAAAAAAUGAAUUAACACUUAAAAGUGAUUAAUAAUUAAUAUUUAACAUAUAAAACUAAAGCAGGCAAAGCUUGCUUGUUAUAUUAAUUAUAUAAGAGACAAAUUUAACACAAAGUAUUGUGAUAUGUAAAAAUGUAAAAUAAUUUAUACUGU